AUGGCCACGUACAAGGUCCUACCGACGACAACUGCCCCGCCGCCCAAGGCCCACCGCGGCAACGCCGACCGCUUUCACUCGUUCGCGUUCGGCUACGUCCACGCUAUUCUGCUGUGCCUCCAAGUGCCUGUCUACAACACGUACUUGCGCAUGGAGGGCUACCAAACAACGGCCUACGCGACGCUCAUCACGCUGCCGAUGCUCCUUUCGCCCACGUCCCACACGCCACAGCACGUGCUACUUGGCUGGUCUCUCUCGGCCGUUUGCCUCGGGCUCAUGGUCGUUGAGCCAUUUCCAGCACCGUACUGCGACGUCCGCUUCGUGCUCUGUCCGCGCGGUCUUACGCAAGCAGCGGACGAGCGCUGGCCGCACUACAACAGCGAUGCACCAGCGAGUGCGGCCGUCUACGUUCUCUUGUCGGCGCUCGUCGUGCUCGGUGCCGUAAUUGGCAGCGCGCCGCGGCCUACCUGCGUCUACCGACACCUUGGCGCUGUCGUGGCCUAUGGGCACUCUGCGCUCGCACUCAACGGCCCGGCCUUUGGCGGCUCGUUUGCGUUGUCGAUGGCACCCAACGCAGCGUACCUGCUGUGUCUUGGGCCCGCGCUGGCGGCGAUUGCGACAGCUGGCGCCACAACGCCGCGGGAAGCAACAUCGAGUACCUGGGAUCUUCUCCAGCGACGUAGCGUGUGGCAACUCUGCGUCUUUGAGUUCGUCUUUGGCGCAAGCAGCCGCUUCGAGUCGACCGCACUCGCACCCAUCGCAGUGGCCUGGGCGCACGUCGAGCCGCUCAGUGACGCCCUUGCUCGGCUCGUGGCCACGGUACUAGCGAUGUGCAUUGCGCACUUGCUCGGAGCGCACGCACGCAUCAGUGACUGGCGGCGAAUCCUGGUCGGUGGAUCGAUCGUCGCCGUGCUGCUGGACGCGACCACGGUCUUUCGCACGAUCUGGCAUGGUCGCCGUGACCAGUGGGCGUUUGCCGGCGCGCGCUUGGCGUCGGCGGUUCCAAUCGGCCUCGAGCUGGCCGUGACGCAGUGGGUCUCAUCCGACGAUACCACGAGCGUCUUGCUCUCGAGCGCGUCGAUCGUCGGCUCGGCAGCUGCAUCGUCGCUGGCGCGCAUUCUGGACACUCAUAUUUUUGCGCCAAGUCAGCUCGCUGUGGGCCGCGACGACGCGAUCGUGCGUCGGAACGUCUCGCUCAGCUUUGCAGCGUCGUACGCGAUCCGACUCUUUGGGUUGUUGAGUCUUGGACUGCUUCCGGCCAACGCGAACGCCCUCCGGUCGCUGCAAGCCCUCGAUAGCCUCGAUGGAACGAGCAAACGACCGGCGGUCAUGCUUGCUUGUGGGCUAGCCUUUGUCGCGAUCGUCUCGGCCACACACAGCGGCUUGGCCAUACUCCCAGCAACAGCCUCGUAG